AUGGUGCACCCUUUCACAAGAAUACGAGAACUCAUAUGGAUCCUCCCCACUGUUCUUCCCUUUCUCCGUCGCUCUGAACAAAACCCACCAGAACCCACGACGCGAACGAAAGGACUGAAGAGACUACGGCGAUUAAUUCGUUUCAAGUCAUUAAAAAGGAAUGAAACGGCUUCAGUUCAUUUCGCCAACGAGCAGGAACAUAUUGGAAUCCUGAUUUCAGAGACGACCGUUGUGGCUUCUGGUGGCCCUUCAGAUGGGCAGGAAUUGCAGGACAACAGAGUUAUGCUUGCAGGACCCAUAGACGAAUCGGGGCAGUAUGAUACUGAGAGGAUUGCGACCACAAUUACCUCAGCUACAUCUACUCCAAUGCUUGUUGGAGAGCCACUCUCUGGUGACGAUUCGCCUCCGAAUUACGAACCUCAGCCAAGAGAUGGAGAAACUUGCCUCAUCGCACCUGUUUUCCACUUUGCCCUGCUCGAACCACCGUACAUCCUAGCGAGUCGACGGGCGACCAGCCGCCCCGGAAUAGACUCCUCAGUGGAACGAUUUCGCUUCCAGCUGUUGAUGAUGGCAUUCUCAAUUUGUCCGACCAUCCUCCUGUGUCUUCUGAUACAGCUGUCCCUGGGUCUGAAGGUCCAUGAGACUCCUGACUCACAGUCAAUACCGACGGUAGUUCAAGACCCUCUGACUGGAUUCGCCGCGUCGGAAGACGGAGCCCCUCGAUUCUCCGUUAUUAAGGGCAUUGAUAAGCUACCGAACGAGCUCCUCGUGGAGAUAUUGGCCCGUCUGGCAAGAAGUUAUUGGCUCGAAGACGCAAAACUUGUCUGUGGACUGUGGUUCCCGAGCCCUUUCUACACUAUCCAGACUGAGGAGCCUGACGUCCGCGAUCAAAUCCUCGGCAACGCGAGGCGAAUCAUCAACUCAGAGAACUUCGACGAAGUCUCCUUUGUGAUCGAUGCCUAG